AGUAACCCCUGCGCUCUCAACUCUAACGCCCUCUUUAACCGCAACUCUUUUCAAGCUAUUUAUUUUCGACGCCUCUUUUCCUUUUCCCGUUUCUUUUCUAUUUAUCAACGGCCCCCGCCACCGCGACACACCCCACCGACGCCCGUCUCGCGUGUCACGGCUGACUCCCUUUUCUUGCGGCUUCGGCACCUCUCUCCUGCACUCUCUGCCUGCGACCCAUGGCGUGGCUCAACUACCCGUUGCGCCGCAUGAUGGUGGCUGCGGCGCUGCUGGCGCUGUGCGUGGUGGAAGCCUCCUUUGUGACGGCAGCCUCCACCGCGGAGUACAGCGACGCGCAGCAGGCGAACACGCUGAAGUUUCUGCAGGGCUUUGUGAAGCUGAACCCGUUUCUUGCGAGCAACUGGACGGGCACGGACUUCUGCAGCUGGUGGUACGUGGGCUGCGUUCCAUCUUUGAGAUUCUCGACUUCGGGGACAGCCGCGCGCCGAAGUUCACCGGAUCGCUUGUCUUGCCUGACGUGGGUGACGAUGUGGAUGGCUCGCUUGUCAUCUUCGGCACUAUCUUCGUAA